AUGUUUAUCAGAACAACUGUUCUCUGCUUUGCGCUCCCACUCCUAAGGUCCGUUUGCUGCAUGGAAAGUGAGAUUUGCUUUCCGGUGAGACUGGGUAACCCUGACAGGAGGGAUUCUGACAACGACGUGGAGAUCAGGGAUGAAAAGUGUGUCAUAAAGUUAAAAGCUUUCCAGCAGGAAUUAAAAAUCGACUUACGGCAGGAUUCUAACUUUAUUGCGCCUUCCAUCUCGAACCAAGACGCGUUCUGGCUCCCCGGUGCUGCGCUCAGCCCGGACCUGAGCCGGUGCUUUUAUUCCGGGUAUGUCAACGGAGACAAGGACUCCUACGCAGCUUUAAGCCUCUGCAAAGGUCUAAACGGCGCGUUUGGCUUCCAGGGAUGGGAGUAUUUCAUCAGCCCGGCGCAGAAUGGCACCCGGAGCGCGCAGGUUGCGCACAUCAUCCGGCGCAGAACCAGCACGGGUCUGAAGCGCGGCUCAGCCUCCAGGUGCGCAGUGGACAACGAUUUAAGCCUCUCGGUCGCGCAGUCGUUGGAGAAGUACAAGCACAUCACGGACUAUAGGAACGCGAACGAAACCAUGAGGAGGAUGGGGAGAGCCAAGAGGUUCGCCUCCGUGCCCAGGUUCGUGGAGACGCUCGUCGUGGCGGACGAGUCCAUGGCGCAUUUCCACGGAGACGAGCUAAAGCACUACCUCCUGACUCUGAUGGCGGUCGCAGCGAGGCUCUACAGGCACCCCAGCAUCCUCAACUCCAUCAGCAUCACGGUGGUGAAGAUUAUUAUCAUACACGAGGAGGACAAAGGACCCAAGGUGUCCGGGAACGCAGCCAUGACGCUGCGGAACUUCUGCACAUGGCAGAAAAAGCUGAACAAACAUAACGACAAGCACCCGGACUACUGGGACACCGCGAUCCUUUUCACCAGAGAGGACCUGUGUGGAGCGUCCACCUGCGACACUCUUGGCAUGGCGGAUGUCGGCACCAUGUGCGACCCGAAGAGGAGCUGCUCGGUGAUUGAAGACGACGGCUUGCCUUCAGCCUUCACCACUGCUCAUGAACUUGGCCAUGUGUUCAACAUGCCACACGACAACGUGAAAGCUUGUGAAGAUGUGUUUGGGAAACUGCAGGAGAACCACAUGAUGUCUCCCACACUUAUUCAGAUCAAUCGCACCAGCCCCUGGUCCCCCUGCAGCGCCGCCAUCAUCACUGAGUUUCUGGACAGUGGACAUGGGGAGUGUUUGCUUGACCAGCCUCAGAAACCUUUAGUUCUUCCUGACAAUCUGCCCGGAUCGUCCUACAGUCUCAACCGUCAGUGUGAGCUCGCAUUCGGAGAAAACUCCAAACCUUGUCCUUUUAUGCAGCCACCGUGCAGUCGUCUGUGGUGCACAGGAAAGUCCAGCGGCCACCUGGUGUGCAUGACUCGGCACUUCCCCUGGGCAGAUGGCACCCAUUGUGGUGAUGGAAAGGUCUGUGACCGAGGAGUCUGCUCUGCCAAACAUGUCCAACAUGUGAAGGUGGAUGGACGCUGGGGUAAGUGGGGUCCGUUUGGUUCCUGUUCGCGGACAUGUGGAGGUGGCGUCCAACUUUCUAAAAGGGAGUGCACCAACCCAAUUCCAUCCAACGGGGGUAAAUACUGCCAAGGAGUUCGGGUCAAAUAUCGCUCCUGCAACCUGAAUCACUGCCCCGAGACAGGUAGGACAUAUCGUGAGGAGCAGUGUCUUACGUCUGGCCACAGCUUUAAUAGUAACCGUUUAACCCACUCAGUGGUGUGGGUACCAAAGUACUCUGGAGUCUCCCCCAAAGACAGGUGUAAGCUCGUUUGUAGAGCUAAUGGCACUGGCUACUUCUACGUCCUGGCACCAAAGAUGCUACAAGGCUACAAGAGGACUGCCAACACCCUGAAACUGAGCUGCAGCACCGUGGCCAAGAUCAUCCAGCAGUGGGUCCACUCAGAACAGACCUCGCGUUGGUCGUCCAAAGAAGCUGAGUGCACGUGCUCAGCGUCACAUCCAAAUGCUGUCUUUGAAAGAUAG